GAAGGCAGGAAGUUGAAGGGAGGCAUCCAGAGGAGCACAGAGACGGGUUUGGCGGUGGAGAUGCCCAGUCGGACCGUUCGGCAGGCCAGCCAUGAGUCCAUAGAGGACAGCAUGAACAGCUACGGCUCCGAGGGCAAUCUGAACUAUAGUGGGAUGUGUUUGGCAUCAGACGCCCAGUUCAGCGACUUCCUGGAUGGGAUGGGACCCGCUCAGUUUGUUGGGCGACAGACUCUGGCGACAACAUCCAUGGGUGACGUAGAGAUCGGUCUGAUGGAGAGGAAUGGAGGUCUGGAGGUGGAGGUCAUCCAGGCCAGAGGACUCACCAUGAAACCAGGUUCAAAAGGACCUCCAGCCGCCUACAUCAAAGUUUACCUCCUGGAGAACGGCAUCUGUGUGGCCAAGAAGAAGACCAAGUCAGUGAGGAAGUCUCUGGAUCCUCUCUACAACCAGGUCCUGGUCUUCUCUGAAAGCCCGCAGGGGAAAGUGGUACAGGUCAUCGUUUGGGGCAACUAUGGACGGAUGGACCGCAAAUGCUUCAUGGGCGUAGCUCGAAUCCUCUUGGAGGAGCUGGACCUCAGCACCAUGGUGAUUGGCUGGUACAAGCUCUUCCCUACCUCCUCCAUGGUGGACCCAACGAUGGCGCCUCUCAUCCGCCACUCCUCCCAAAUGUCCCUGGAGAGCACCAUUGGGCCCUGCUGUGAGCGACCCUAA